GCAGCGACGACGACGACAACGAAGACGGCGUUGGCGGCUCAGCAGUGGCCACUGAGGUAGCAGCAGAGGCAAGAGCGCACAUAGCGGCUGCAACAGGAAGGCGACUGUGAAAACAAAUUGAGAAGGACGCCCUCAUUAAUUAACGCACAGCGCCAAUGGAGUGAACGACUGCAACGCCCACCGACGACGACCUUGACGAAAACCAAGCACAACCAUGGCGCACCCCGUCGAUAUCCUCCAGGUCCUCCUCCCGGACUCGCUGUCGAUUCUGUCUGCCUCGAUUCCCGCACACCGGACUGGCACCACAGCGUCAGACUUGGUCAGGAGCCUGCUCGGCGAUGCGGCCAAUGCCGAGACGCUCGCCAGAGUCUUUGGCUACAACUACGAAUGGGACGCCGUCGCGCACGAUCAGCGGGGGACGGACCAUGGGACCUGGUGGAUUGACACACGAGGUAUGCCCUGGGCCCUUCAGACGGUCGAGUCGUCACCGGCCAAUCGCGAAUGGACGCAGGACGAUCUCGACUCGCUCGGCGAUGGCCUGCUCCCGCUAGACACGCCCGUCCUGAGCUUCCUCCAGGGCCUCGUCGCGCACACGGGCUCUGCCUUUUCUGACUUUGCCCUCUCGUCGCACCUGCACACGCCUCGCCUGCGCCUCGUCUGCGGCGCGCCCGGCCUGGCCGUCCGCUUGCGAUUCGCCCACGUCCCAGAGAUCUACGACGGCUGGGAGUCGCGCGUCUGGUUCCUGCCUGCGCCGACCGAGGAGGCAAGCACAGCCACGGGCACAGGGACAAGCGCAAAGGCCGUCGUCGAGGCCGUCGUCGACGAGCUCGGGAUACGCAAGGUGGUGCUCCAGGGCAGCAAGAGUGCCCGCGUCGAGUACGCGUUGGCCGACGUGCCUCACGCUUCGUCGUCGUCGUCGUCGUCGUCGUCUACCUCUGGGCCCUUGCCUCCUCCGCCACUGCCUGCUGGUCUCUCGCUGCCCACCCAUCUGCUCACGCUUCCUGGUCCCCCCGAGGCGUACCCCUGCCUCCUCUUUACCAUCUCGGCCUCAUGGCUGAGCAGGCUGGGCACCGUCGCCCUGGGCUUCUCCAAGCAUGCCAGGCGGGCGCCCUCGUCGGACACCGGCCCAGCAGUUGCCGUGGGCAAGGCAAAGGGGCAGGCCGCACCAGCCUCCUCGCCGAGGAGGACCAGAGACGCAAGAGGCAACGAUGACGACGACAACGCCACCUCGAAGCCCGCACCGAAGCAGGCGGCCAAGCCGGGCCUGCUGGGCCUCUGGAGUGCCAGUGUCAGCCGGGCCUCGGCACCCGUCUUGGCCGACGCCACCUAUGAGCCCAGCAGCUCCAGCUCGGCCUCGGCGACGGGCGACGAUGAGCUGGAUGCGCUUGCAACGGAUACAGCAAUUCUUGGCAGGAGUCAUGACGCUGCUGCUGACGACGACGGGGAAGGCGAUGACGACGAGGACGGAACUCGCGAAUCUGGAGAAACUCAGGCCGGCGCUGGGGGCACCGUCAAGGCGCACCACGAAUCCUCAAAGCCGGGCAAUGGGGCGAUACCGCCGCGGAGUCGAGGCGCAAAGAAGGACGACGGUGUUUCGGCAACGGCCAGACUCAGCCGCAUGUUUGAAGGCUGGAUCGGCGCCCAGGAGGGCUUGGAGAAGGAGCAGAAGCAGCAGGCUGUAGAAGCGUCGCUCAUCCACGCGGCACCGUCGACGCCCUCGCCUGCUGCUCGCGGGAGGAUCAGCGCAGGCGCAGGCAUUCGCACGAUGAGCGUCAGUGCGCCGCUGGAGCUGAGCGACGAAGCAGUAAGCCCGGGCGGCAGAUCGGCGGGUCUCAAGUCGCCAAAGAUGGCCACAACACCCAUGGGAAAAGCGAUUGCCAAGGGCGGCGACGUCGUCCUCCUCGAAGGUGACGCCCUCGACCGGCGCUUCGAGGAGCUCAUGAACGACCUGGGCAUCAAGGGUGCCAGCCGCAACGCCAUGGUGGCCCUCGCAGACGACCGAAAGCGCUUCCUGAUUGCUCAAAACGAUGCAGCAAAGGGCCCUUCGUCGGCGGCACCCAUCACUCCGUCCAAGACUGGCAACUCUGGCGUCGAGCCUCUGUCUUCCUCGGCCGCCGCUUCUGGAGGUGGGAUCGCGGACACGCUCAGCCGGGCGAGCACGGCCUUGGCGUGGGGACCGCGCUUCAGCAUCGCAAGCAUCGCUGGCUGGGCCGGCAGCGGCAGCGGCGGCUCGGACGAUGCGGCCAACAGCCCCAGGACCAGCCUGACAAUGACGACAAACACGACGAACAACAGCGGCGAAGGGAGCGCCGCCAGCAGCAGCAGCAGGCCCACGACGGUCCACCUGGCCGACGAGAUGGGAGCCACCGAGAGCAGGAGCCCGGGCGCAGCAGCCUCGCUCCAGCAGCAAAAGACGGGUGCGAGCGAGGGAGGCGUGGGCGCGAGCAGCCUAUGGAGCAACUGGUGGGGCAGCAGCGGCGGUGGCUCCAGCGCCGGCAUCUCGGAGAGGGACACGCCGUCGUUCUAUCCGCAGACGAUUGCGGCAGGCAAGCUGAGCCGCAAGGACCUCGUCAAGCACCUCAUCAGCCUCCGCGUCACGCUCAGCUCGGCCAAGGUCACCUGGAUCGCCGCCUUUCUCGACGAAGGCGGCCUCAACACCCUCGAGUCGCUCCUCGCCGCCGAGACGGAGCCGCUGCUCCGGGGCCAGAUGGGCGACCGCAAGGAGAUGAGCGACACCGUCCUCACCGAGUCGGUCAAGUGCCUGCGCACGCUCAUGAACACCGAGGUUGGCUUUGACCGCGUGCUUGGGCGGCCCCACCUGGUCACCUGCAUCGCAUACACGCUCAAGUCGCCCUCGUACAAGCUCCGGUCCCAGGCUGCCGAUGUCCUCGCUGCCCUCUGUGUCCUGAGCCUCGAUGACGGCCACCGGCUCGUGUGUGCCUCGCUGUCGGAGCUGCGCGUCGCCGCCGGCGAUCGGUACCGCUUUGCCUUUCUCGUCGACAGCCUCCGCCUCGACCGCGUCGGUGGUGGCGCGGGCGCGGGCGCGGGCCCCGAGGGCGACGACGAUGGCCAGGACGAAGGCGACGGCGCGGCCGUGUGGGACUACCGCACCUCUGCGUUGGUCCUCAUCAACGCCAUCACCAACAGCCCAGAGGAUGUCGAGGAGCGCGUCGCCCUGCGCGAGGAGUUUGCCAGGCGAGGCCUCAACGAGGUCAUGGUCGGCCUGCGUUAUGUCGAGCCGCCAGACGGCGUGGUGACGCAGCUGCACGUCUAUGCCGAGGAGAAGCAGGAGGACCAGGAGGAGCUGCAGGACCGCACGAUGAUGUCGGUCCGCUCCUCGUCCGUCACCCCGUCCUCCUCCUCGGACACUCGCAGCGAGACGUCGGUGUCGCUGUCGCAGCAUCACACGGGCGAGGCGGCCGCGCUCCUCGGCGAUGUCGGUCGGCGCCUGGCUGCCACCAAGCUCGACCACCCCGAGGCAUACCCCCGCUUAGCUGCCAUGAUCCAGCACGUGGCCGAUGUCCUCGAUCGCAAUGAAGCAAUCGUCGACGACAAGAUCCCCACCGACGUCGUCGACGUGCUCGCAGCCUUUGUCGAGCACGUCUCCCAGGUGCGAGACUUUGAAGACGGCUGGCGCAAAGCGAUGCGCCUCUUCCUGUCGGACAUCCAGCACGUCGUGGGCAAGCAGGCGAUGAUCAAGGCCAACCGGCUGAGCGACACGAGCACGGUGCCCAGCAGCUUCGUCGAGGAGCUCGAGGGCCUAAGGAGCCAGGUCGAGCAGCUGAGCGAGGACAAGAGCCGGCUCAAGCGCGACCUCGACGAGCAGGUGGCGCAGGCCAACACGCUCCGCUCCCUGCCUGGCUUCAAGCGCAAGUCGGUGCAGUCGUCUGCCGUGGCCGCCGAGGGAGGCGAGCAGCAGCAGCAGCAGCAGCAGCAGCCACAGGAGAAGCAGAGUGGCGCGUCAGCGUCCGCAAACGAGGGGAGAGAGUCGUUUGCAGGCGUGAUCCAGCGCUUGGUCCAGAAGGAGAAGCAGGUCCUCCAGCUCCAGUCGGAGCUCGACCGGAUCCAGGGCGCAUCGGCCUCGUCGGACGCAGCCGCCGGCGCAGGGUCCAGUGCAGCGCCUGGUGCCAGCGGCAGCGGCAGUGGCAGCGGCGGCGAUGAGGAGCGAGCAAAGAGGGAGCGCCAGGAGCGCAACAGGCAGUGGUCCAAUCUCAUGGAGGAGAUUGCGCGGCUGCGGGAGCAGAUUGCCGACAACGAGGCGCAGCUCGACUCGCGCGAAAGGGAGAUCAAGUAUCUCAAGAGGGUCAUCGAGAGCGUCUACACGCGCGGAAGCGGUGUCAAUGACGCCGCCAGCGCUCUCGCCAGCGGUGCAAAUGCAAGUGCCGCCGACAGCAGCAGCAGCAAGAUGACGCCCUCGUCCUCUUCGACGUCGCUGUCAGAGGACGCGAGCGCAAAAAGGCAGCCGGGCAUGGACGCCGAUGCCAUGGCUCAGCGCACCAUCGAGCAGCUCAACGAGCGCGACGCAGAGAUUGCCGCCCUGAGGUCGGAUGUGGCCAAGCUUCAGGAGCAGAUGCUGCGGUCCGACGAGCAGCAGAGCGAAGAAGCAAGCAGGACCAAGGCGCAGCAUGACGCGAGCACAGCAGAGAGGGAGGAGCGCAUCGCGAGGAUGCAAGGCGAAAUGGCGCAGUUGCAGGUGCUUCUCGUCCAGCUCCAGCAGCAGUCUGUGCUUGCUGCCUCUGCCUCUGCCUCUGCUUCUGCUCCUGCCCCUCCGCCACCACCACCACCACCACCACCACCGCCACCAGCGCCACUAGCGCUAUCGAGCGAGCCAAAGGCAGCAGCAGCAUCAGCAGCGGCAGCAGCAUCUAAUGGAGCUGGUGGCCCUCCACCGCCACCGCCGCCGCCACCACCACCGCCGCCGCCGUCAGCACCACUGGCUUUGUCAGCAUCAUCGGGAGGCGGUCCUCCACCACCGCCGCCACCACCACCUCCGCCGGGUCCAGGGGCACAUACUCUCGCUGGCGGGCCGCCUCCGCCACCGCCGCCUCCGGCCCCCGGAGCUCCGCCGGCACCGGCGCCUCCCAAGCCACUUUCGGCGCCCAAGCUGGCCAUCCCGUCCAAGAAGCGCAAGCCGCUCUUUUGGAACAAGCUCCCGUCACACGCGCUAGCCCAGACGGUGUGGGGCGACUUGUCGGACAAGGUAUCCACAGCAGCAGGACCCAAGGUGCCCAUCGACGACAUCGACCGUCUGUUUGCGCUUGCACCGGCAACUGCCGCGUCGGCCGCCUCGAGACAGGCCGGCGGCGCCAGCAGCGCCGAUUCCAAGAGCUCCAAGAAGCAGGCCCAGACGACGCUGAUUGACCUGCAGCGGGCCCAGAACAUCAGCAUCAUCCUCACACGCAUCAAGCCCUCCUUUGCACAAGUCAGGGCCGCGCUCCUCGAAGUCGACUCCGACGUGCUCACCCUCGACCAUCUCCGUGCCCUCAAGGGCUGCCUGCCCACCGUCGACGAAAUGGAGCUGGUGCGCGACUAUGACGGCGAUGUCUCGAGCCUGUCGAAAGCCGACCAGUUCUUCAAGGCCGUGUUGGGGAUUCCCAAGCUCCACGAGCGUCUCCAGGCCAUGGUCUACAUGCGCAAGUUUGACGUCGACGUCGAGGAGAUCAAACCCGAUCUGCAGGUCUUUAGGAGGGCCAUCGACGAGAUGCGGGGCAGUGACAAGUUCAGGGCGAUCCUCGCGACGGUGCUCCAGGUCGGCAACGUCCUCAACGCGAGCACUUUCAGGGGCAGCGCCGUAGGAUUCCAGCUGGGCGACCUGCUCAAGCUGCGCGAGACGAGAUGCGCUGUGGCGAAUGACGGCAGCAUCAACACGACCCCUACUCUGCUUCACUUUGUCGUCAAGGUACUCAACGACGCCGACAAUGGCCUUGUUGGUUUUCUCGACGAAUGUCCAAACGUCGAAGCGGCUGCCCGGCUCUCGACGCACUCCGUCAUGGCCAGCGUCAAGACCGUCGUCAGCGGCCUGGACCAAGUGCGGGACGAGGUCAAGUUCCUGUCCAAGAUGCGCAUCGCCUCCGCAAACGAUCGCUUCGUCGAGGUCGGAAGUGACUUUGUCAAGAGAAACGAGAUGCUCGUCAAGUCUGUCAAGCUCGCGGGCGAGGAGGUCAAGCGGGACCUGGCCAAGAUGCUGGGCUACUACGGCUUUGCUUCUGACGACCAGCCAGCGGGGCCUCAGCAGCAGGCGAUGCCCCAGACCAAGCCGGAGGACUUCUUUGGGCUCAUUUCGUCGUUUGGACAGGCAAUGAUGCGUGCAGAAGUCGAGGUCCUCGAGGCUGAGCGUCGCGAGGCGGAUCGAAAGAAGAAGUUCGAGGAGAGCGAGAAGAAGCGGCGGAGGCUCGAGGCUGGAAGGCCCUUUGUCUUACCAGAGCCCGUCGGACCAGAGGUUCGCGGUCCUCUUGCCUCGGUUCGCGAAGAGGAGAACCGCUCGUCCGAGGAUGGGACAGGCGACGGUGGGACUGUCAAACGGGCUCCAUUGGCGCCAGCUCAGUCACCCAACGGUAGCUCAAGCUUCGAAGACGAGACGCCGACGCCGACGGCGUCCAAGCCUGGGUCUCGGUUCCGGUCGUGGGGCGCCUCGGCCGUCGCAACGCUCGAUCGGGUGCAGGACCAGGAAGAAGCCGAGGAGGAAGAGGCGGGUGCUGGAAGGGAGAGCACACUCAAGAAGGCGCAACGCAGAGAGGGCUCGCGGAGAAGCUACGGCCGCAGGGGACAUCUCGACGAGGUUCUCAAGGAUCUGCGCUCUGGCGGAGGAGGUGCCAAUGCCCGCAUGAGCCUGUAUGCUGCUGGCAAUGGUGGAACUGCCACCAUGUUGCCGUCCCCGAGCAGCAGUAGUAGCAACAUCAACCACAACGCGCUCAGCAACGGUGGUGGCUCAAACACCAUCAGUGGGCGAAAGAGUCUGAGAGUCAAGGCCGAACCAAAUCACCGGCCCUUGUCGAGGGUCUUUCUGACGGGCGAUUAGAUGUAUUGCUCUCUGCCUUCUGCCCUUGUUCAAUCCUAUUGUAAUGCUAGACAAUGGUCUUGUUCGUGUGCUCGAGCAAUGAUACCUUGUGCCACUGUAGC